UAUUGUACAGGACAGACCAAAAAGCCAAUUUGUAUUGGAAAUUUUGGCUGACAUGAUUUCACGGAUUUUCAUUUGUUCAUUAAUUAUUUCCAUUGGCACUUCAAUAGUUUCUGCAACGUUUGGCAAUGAGCAUGUUCACAUAAAGAUACACCUGCCAGUUGAAAAAAAACACCACGGCGGUGGAGAUCAUGUAGAAAUAACUAGUCCAGGAAUAGGGGGUGGUCACGGAGGAUUCGGAGGAGGUCACGACAGUUUUGGUGGUGGACCUUCAGGUGGAGGAGGCCAUGAUUUUGGUGGAGGAUACGGAGGAGGAUCCUCAGGUGGUGGAGGUCAUGACUUUGGUGGAGGAUUCGGAGGUGGAUCUUCAGGUGGUGGAGGUCAUGAUUUUGGCGGAGGACAUGGCGGAGAUGAUUUUGGAGGAUAUGGUGGUGGCAGUGGAGGCCAUGGAUCUUCAGGAGGAUUUGGUGACAGUUUUGGAGGUGGUGGACAUGGUAAUGACAUUUCCGACAGCUAUGGUCCUCCUUCGCAAAGUUAUGGACCACCCUCGCAUAGUUAUGGACCUCCAUCUACUAGCUAUGGAGUUCCUUCUUCUGGAUUUGGAGGAUCUCAUGGUGGUAGUGGUGGUGGUGGAGGACAUGGUGGAUUUUCAUCUAGUUUUGGAAGCAGUGGUCAUGGUGGUAGUUCUGGAGGAUUCUCUGGAAGCCACGGAGGAUUCUCAUCUGGUGGACACGACAGUUACUCAGGAGGUGGCGGUGGAUUUGGAGGAUAUUCAUCAGGCGGAGGUGGACAUGACAGUUACUCUUCAGGAGGCGGUGGACAUGGUGGAUACUCUGGUGGAGGAGGCGGACACGGUGGAUACUCUGGCGGAGGAGGUGGGCACGGUGGGUAUUCUGGAGGAGGCGGUGGUGGCCACGGAGGUUAUUCUGGCGGUGGCGGAGGACUUGGCAGUUAUUCCAGCGGAGGACAUGGAGGAUUUUCCGGGGGUGGUGGAGGCGGAUACAGUUCUUAUUCAAGCCAUGGUUCGUCUUCUUUCGGUGGUUCUGACUCUUAUUCCAGUGGCGGUGGUGGUGGUGGUGGCGGCGGCCAUCACGGAAGUUUUUCGGGCUAUCAUAAGAAGUAAAAGUGCUUCACUGAAAGCAAAGAAGUAUUUCUCCUUUCCACAGUCCCUAUUAUCAUCCCUUUUUUUUAAUAAAAUUGCCAGACAGACUUCUCAGAACUCGUUUUCAACACUGGUUCAUUUCCUUCCUCAUCUGAACGCCUUCUAGAGAUUGCCAUCCACUCGAGCACCUUGUUUGUGAAAGUAAUAAUUUCUCUGUUCGUGAAAUUUAAUUUAUAACUGAUCACCAGGAUACUCUUUUUUUUUGCAUAUUCGGUCAUAGGCAUGACUAAUGCACGAUAUUAUAUAAGAAAAUAGAUUGUUGUAUUUUUGAUUUGUUUGUAACAUAAAUAAUAUUUUGUAAAUAUUUAUAAUUUUGUUAAU